UAUGGGUAGGCGGCCCCGGCGGCGCAUGCGCGUUGGGCUGCUGCCUGCGGGAAAAUGGUGCUCAUCAAGGAAUUCCGCGUGGUCUUGCCCUGCUCGGUGCAGGAGUACCAGGUCGGACAGCUGUACUCCGUGGCCGAAGCCAGCAAGAACGAGACGGGAGGCGGAGAAGGCAUCCAGGUCUUGACCAACGAGCCCUAUGAGAAGGACGGGGAAAAGGGCCAGUACACGCACAAGAUCUACCACCUGAAGAGCAAAGUGCCUGGCUUUGUGCGGAUGUUUGCUCCAGAAGGCUCCCUAGUAUUUCACGAAAAAGCCUGGAAUGCCUAUCCUUACUGUAGAACAGUCGUGACGAAUGAAUACAUGAAAGAGGAUUUUUUUAUCAAAAUUGAGACUUGGCAUAAGCCUGACUUGGGCACGUCGGACAAUGUCCAUGACUUGGAUCCCAAUACAUGGAAAAAUGUGGAAGUUGUCCAUAUUGAUAUAGCAGACAGAAACCAAGUGGAGCCUGGAGACUACAAAGCUGAUGAAGACCCUGCCUUGUUCCAGUCGGUCAAGACCAAAAGAGGCCCUUUGGGGACUGACUGGAAGAAGGAGUUGGCAGCCGCUGAAGAUUGUCCCAAGAUGUGUGCUUACAAGCUGGUGACCAUCAAGUUUAAGUGGUGGGGCUUGCAGAAUAAAAUUGAAAACUUCAUUCAGAAGCAAGAAAAGAGGAUAUUCACCAACUUCCAUCGGCAGCUUUUCUGCUGGAUUGACCGAUGGAUUGACCUGACGAUGGAAGACAUCCGGCGAAUGGAGGAUGAAACCCAAAGAGAGCUGGAGGCGAUGCGUAAGAAGGGUUGUGUUCGAGGAACGUUGGCUGCCAGCGCCUAGAGGAAGCCCUCGGUAGGGUCAGAGGCAGGGAAAUAAUCCCACUAUCUGCGCAAUCAAGGAGAAGUAAGAGGAACAAGUGCGGCUAAUGACGAAUGAAGAAAAGCAUCUGGUGUCACGAUCCACCCUUGCGGUGUGAGUGGGUGCACAGUUCUCUACACAUUUGUGCAUGCAUGCACACAGAAACAUGUACACACACACACUGGGUGCACCCUCGUACUGAGCCGCUGCUCCAAGGCACCGGGAUUUCCCCAAGAGGCCCUGCCUUUCCGCUGUAUAUCCAAAGCUAAUUAAGCCCAACCAGUGUCAAUUAAUGGAAGAAGAGAAUGAAUUAUAUCAAUUGGAACGUUUUGAAAGUACAGAUGCCGGACCAAUUUACUAUAUCUUUUAUAAUAUACACGAGAGAUUCUCCUUGCUAAGACUCAGUUAUUCCUGUUUAGAUUAUUAGAUGUGCAUCAGCAAUUUUCCAAUUUGUUUGGUUCAUUCAUGAUUUGGUAUAGACAUUCUGAAUGUAUUUAAAGAUAUUUAUUUCUGAAUUAUCUCUUGAAAUCGGAUCAUUUCUACUAGUAAGGAUCAAUUUCUUGCUAUUAAGUUUUGUUUUUUUACAACAAAACAUUUUCACCCAUUUGCUGCGAAGAGAUCUAUUUUAUUGGAGUUUUGUAUAUAAAGAGCUGAGGGUUUCUUCAUUAGAAUUGGCAAAAUAAAAUAAAAAGCUUGCCAGUAAAAGGGAACACAAAGGGGAAUAUGGAUCUUUGUUUUUUUAGAAGUGUUGACGGACUCAAAUCCGGCUGAAGGAAUGACGUUUCAUGACAGCCCCACAAUGCUGUCUUCAGGAGGCUCCUGGGUCUCCCGCUGGGUCAUCUAAGAAGCGGCAUAGGCUCCGUUUUGCCUCAACUGUAGGAAAAGCUGGCAUCUAUCCAGUACCCUUUGGAAACUGAUAUCCUGGCUUGGGAAAACCCUUGACAGAUUUCUUAAGAGAGGAUCCCGGCCACAAUGUACUGCAGGCCUAGUUGAGUGGGAGGGCUGUCGGUUUGGCUUGCCCCACGGGAUUGACGGGCUCUGAUGCCCCAAGGGCCAAUGCAAGGGCUGUUUAUCCGUCCCUUUUCUGGAAACGAGGCUGGUGUGUGCCUGAAGUUGGCGGUUCAGCGUCUAGCUCUGGCCACACAGGAAGGCUUGCAUGUUCCCCCAUGGGAGAAUUGGCUUUUGUAGAUACGUAUUUGUAGAGAGCUUGGUCAUUUAGGCUGCAGCUAAUUCAAGGGCUUGCUGUCUUUAGUGCAGGAAUCUGCUCCCAUCCGUACCAAGGAGAGAGCACCAAAUGGCAGGCUCUGUGCCUAGUUUGGGGCAGGAGUCGAUGUGAACAUGGAGAGGACGGUUUUAGUGAAUGUAAAACGAUUACUUCUGCAGUUUCCAGUUUUAACUGCUUUAAGACAAUUUAAAUAAAUUUGCUUAUAAAAUAUC